AUGGAUCUCGCCAUGCAGUUCCCUUACUCAUAUAUGGCUAUGAGUGCCGAAAACACUCCUCGUCCAUAUCCAGCUGAGAUUAUUGAUACGCCGGAUGGACCUUAUAUUGUCGGCACUGGAGCUCCACUCCGGUUCUUUACUAGUGCUUAUUUUGACGAUCCUGCCAUUGUUUCAACGCAAUUGGGCGAAAUGGCUGCCAUAUUCUUUGUUGAAGAAUUUCACAUUGAUAACGUGCGUCAUAUAAGGCCACCUAUUUCGCUGUGUGACUUGUUCCAAGGAUUUGAUGCUGUGGAACUGUACAUGCAUGGUAUUGAAUUUUGCUACUAUAUCAUGUAUUACAUUGGUAAGUUCGCUCAAGAAUACCAGAAACGGAUGAAUAAGAUGGAGGAAAAGUUCUUUUGGGAGCGGAUCUUUCACUAUAGAAGGAUGCUUUUUCAUGUUAAUGAGAAAAUUAAUCCGCGAAAAAGACGCCUCGAAUCAUCAUUUUCUAACAUCUGGCCCUGUUCAAAUGAUAGUCGGAUCCGGUGCACUAAGUAUGAGCAUGAAUCUCGGCGGCAUUUGAAGCAAAAUCAAAUGAUCAAUGAAUCCGACAGUUCGUUGGACUUAAUUACGAACCCGAUGUGUCGUUUGGAACUAGAGAAUCCUUCAACUGAGAAAUAUACUUUGGGAGCAUCAUUUGUUAAAUUCCGAAAAUUUAAAAAUUGCAGGCGAAUCAGAGACAGGAAAGAAAAAGUGCCAAUUAUCACCGAGGCAAAUAAUCCAGUAGUAAGUAGUGCAUAUUCGAGAAUACCAAGGCCAAAAUUUUCAACACCGCUCUGGUCUCAACGGAUUCUGUCAUCUACUGCAUCAAAGAGAAAGGACUCGAAGUCGACUUACAUUCCAUAUGUUCGAUCAUCAGACCUUAUUUCGGGUAACUCGAAGAUACCGCGAUUGUUGUGCCUGAAAUCCCAGGCUACUGUUUCUGGCUCAGCUACUUCCAGAAAGCAGCCGACGAAAGCAAGUGAAUUGUAUGAUGGAAAGAAGAUCAUUACACAAGCUACUGGGCAGUUUAAAAACAUGCGAAAGCGGAAAUUAUCGGCCCAAUCUCAAAAUUCAUCGCCCCUCAAACCUGAUAAAUUGAAAAAAUCUCAUACUUCGUCAUGA